AUGCGGGUAGUUCUUUUCUCGGCAGCGCUCUUCGUCGCCUCGAUUCUGGCGUGUGAGGAUGGGGUGGACAAUAUUCUGGAGAUUCACGAUAUUAUGAAAGGGAAGGGUCGAGUGGAGUUCCAGAACGUGCAGCUGCUCACUUAUGAUGGGAAGAAGCAGCCGGCCUGUGAUGGCCGAAAGGGGGUGUGGAACUUCCCCGGCUAUUUCAAGUUCAAAUCAGGCAAAGUGCUGGUGAAUCGCGCUGUGAAGGAAUCGGAGGGCGAUUUGAAGCUGCACAUCUCGCUGGAGAAGAACUCGUGGAUGAUCGGGACCGUGUGCGAGAACGGAAAGAGCAAGAACCAGUUUGUGCCCGCUGAAGUUUGCGACUUCCCGCUGUGCAAAUUCGCCCAGGACAAGUGCAAGCUGCUGGAGACGGUCGGCCAGUUCGACCUCGUCGAGCUGACCGCCGGUAUGGGCCCCGAGCAAUCAGGUCUCAUCGAUAUGGGACCACUUCCGGUGCCACAGCUUGAUGGUGAAUGGGCUCUUUCGGUGAAGCUCGUGCAAGGUGCGCGCAAGUUGGCCGGUUUGGCGGUGCAAGAAGAGGACCAAUGGUUCCAAGUCGCCUCCGAGUCGAUCAACCUGGCCGACGUGCAGACGAAGAAGACACCGCCAAAGCCAGCCCCCGCUGGGGCACACGUUCGCGAUGAAUUC